AAGGAUAAAAAUGGUUUAAGCUGCUCAAAGAUAUGUAUGGAUUUAUCAACACCUGUUUGAAAUCUCUGGUAGUUGAAAAGUUUGGCGAGGAGACGUGGGUCAAGCUCAGGGAUGAAGCUGGAGUCCAGGAUACAUUCCUGACAUAUGAAGUCUAUAAAGAUGAAAUCACCAUGCAGCUGGUAGCAGAAGCCUGCAAGCUUCUAGGAGUGAAGCCAGAAGUUGUCUUGAAGCAGUUUGGAGAAUAUUUCUUUGAGUUUUGCAAACGCUCAGGCUAUGAUCACAUGCUGCGGACUCUGGGAGGAAAUUUAUUUGAAUUCACUGAGAAUCUGGAUGCACUUCAUAGCUACCUCACCCUCUCAUACAAGGAAAUGAAUGCACCAUCAUUUCGGGUGGAGAAAAACACUGAUGGUACCAUGCUUCUCCACUAUUAUUCAGACCGCAGAGGACUCUGCCACAUUGUUCCUGGUAUUAUUGGAGCUGUUGCUAAAGAUUUUUUCAACAGUGAGAUAACGAUGGAGAUCGUCAGCCAGCUAGAAGAGCUGGAGAGAACUGGGAAGAAGGAGCAUGUGGUUUUCCUGGUGACACAGUGGCCGGCUGUGGACACUCGGUCCAGUAAAACACAAUCCCUCGAGCCUUUGUCUAACCGAAGUAAUGCAAACAUAAUUUGGACUAAAGAGAGGUCCACUAUUGGUUACCCUAUGCGCAGGAGUCACUGGGAUACAAUAAGAGGCCUGGUUUGCCUUGGGAAAGGCAAACUGUUGAGGGGUUUUCAGCCAGUAUACCCCACAACCCUUAACAUUGAUCUGAAGACUUUCUGCCAUGCUUUUCCUUUCCACAUAGUCUUCGAUGAGCAGCUGGUGGUGCACCAGGCAGGGGUGAACCUCCAGAGGAUUGUCCCCGGACUCCAGACGAUGAGCAUCCAUCUGGACCUUUACUUCAGCAUUGUGCAUCCUGAAGUCACCUUCACCAUCUCCAGCAUCAGGAAGUUCAUCAACAGCCACUUUGUCCUGCAGACACGCAGGGACAUGAUGCCUGAAACAUGGAGGGACAGGCCCAUGCUGCAGCUCAGAGGUCAGAUGAUCUGGAUGCCCUCUUUGGACUGCAUGCUCUAUCAAGCCUCUCCUCUACUGAGAAGUCUUCAAGAGCUGGAGGAGAGGGAAAUGCACAUUUCCGACAUCGCACCCCAUGACGUCACCCGCGACCUCAUCCUUCUCAAUCAGCAGCGACUGGCUGAAAUGGAGCUGUCAAAUCAGUUGGAGAGAAAGAAAGAGGAGCUCCGCCUGCUGUCUCAGCACCUGGAGGAGGAGAGGAGGAAGACGGAGAACUUGCUGUAUGCCAUGCUGCCCAAACAUGUAGCCAACCAGCUGAAGGAGGGCAAGACAGUAGAAGCAGGAGAAUUUAAAGAGUGCACCAUACUGUUCAGUGACGUGGUGACCUUCACUAACAUCUGCUCCCUGUGUGAACCAAUCCAAAUUGUCCUUAUGCUUAACUCCAUGUACCUCCGAUUUGACCGGCUCACAACUGUGCACAAUGUUUAUAAGGUAGAGACCAUAGGAGACGCCUAUAUGGUGGUGGGUGGGGUGCCCAUACCUGUCUCCAGCCAUGCUGAGAGGGUGGCCAACUUUGCCCUGGGUAUGAUCUUGGCUGCCAAGGAGGUUAUUAACCCUGUGACAGGAGGGCCUAUUCAGAUCCGUGUGGGUCUCCACAGUGGUCCUGUACUAGCAGGCGUAGUUGGGGAGAAGAUGCCACGCUACUGUCUGUUUGGAGACACAGUCAACACUGCAUCGCGCAUGGAGAGUCACGGCCUCCCUGACAAGAUCCAUUUGAGCCCAGAUGUCUACCAAGCCCUGAAGAAUAAAUGCUAUGUUAUUCAGAAGCGAGGAGAGAUCGAGGUAAAGGGGAAAGGCAGGAUGACCACUUACUUUCUUGAGAGGAACUUUGGAGUCAGCGAGCAGCGGAUUAUGGGUGUCUCAGACCUAGAGGCUGGGGCCGGACAGCAGGACAGCCAGAUGAGCGAUCAGCCAGGCCUCUAUAGAUUAGCUCUUCAGAGGCAGCGCAGGGAUGACCUUAGCCUGAUCCCUAUGAAAUAUGGAGACAGCCUGAGUGAACCCCCGUCAUCAUCACAUAUGUCUGAACCCCAGACCUGCCCAACCAUCAAGCCCCGGGACUCAGAGAGCUAUGGAAGCCUGCACACCGAUGAUCAAUCAGAGGGUGGAGCUCUAGACCAGUUAAAAGAUGGAGGUGAAUUUGGCCAAACAGAAGUCAAACACACAGAGGAACAUAUUGAUGGCAUAGAACGUGACCGCAAUGUGGACACAAAAGAACAGCAGUUGAUUACCGGUGCUGUGGAAACCAACAAUCAAAACAAACAUACCCGAACCAGGCUCUGCGUGGUGCUGUGAACUGGUAAUUACUUGCUGAAUUGACUAUAAAUUAUUUAUCAAACAAGGUUCAAUGUAACAUGUACCACUGAGAGUUAAACAGAAGUUUUUUUUGUUAAGUAUUUCACCCGCACUGUCUAGCAUCUGCAUUUUCUCUUUCCCUUGAGCAAAUAUAUG